AAACACUGUACAGUUAUAAUAUAUUGAGCUGUAGAACCAUGCAUUGCAAUACACUGUAAGACAUGGUUAUAAGACAUUUUCAUCUCAGGUGUCAGUGAUUUUGAAAAUAUGUUAAAAUUGCACAAAAGAAAAACGUGUUUAAAUGAAGGAAAUGUUUUAUUCAAAAGUGUUCCCCAGCAGAUUUUGUUCAACCUUGCUUGACAUGUUCCAGUUAUGACUUGGAGUAACUGGAGUGGAGUGUGGUCAUCCUCACCUUGCACACACAGUGAGUGAGUGACAGACAGACAGACAGACACACAGACAGACACACAGACAGACACACAGAGGGACAGACAGGCGGACAGAGGGACAGGCAGGCAGAGUGCGGUAGCUUUAAGAGGGGAGGCGUGGUGCUGCUGUUGUGACCGACUUGUCAGUGCCUCCACUCUCCACUACCACUCUGUUGAAUGAGCAGCCCCGUACAGUCACUACAGGGCAUCGGCUCUAUUUAUCCAGCAAGCCGCCGCCACACUCAAUGUUGGCCAUAUUAGUGCUGUGACAGCGUCCAGGGAUUACUAUCAUCGAGCAGACAUCGUUUCUCCGCAAAGACGCUGGAAGGUUGUUUGCCAGGAUCAAAUUCUUGCCAAAGAAGCUUACAUUUCUCAACACUAACAAUCCAGAUGUCCUCAGUGGCUGGACACCCCAUUGAAAGCCUAGCAGAUGAUCAUGCCCCCUAGAUAGCAGCCUCGUCCUCCUCUCCACUCCCCCUCCCUGCCCCUCGGCCCCUUCCUCUACCUUCCUGGUCCAGCACCAUCACUGCCAACCGUGUCGCUACAGCCGCCAUGCCGCCCAGGAAGAGGACGCGGCCAGGCCUGGGCUUCCUGUGCUGCUUUGGCAGCAGCGAGCCUCCGGAGAUCAACCUCAAGGACAGCGUGCCUCUCCAGCUGCUGGAGUUCAGCGCCCCCAUGCCGCCCGCCGAGGAGCUGCUAGCACGUUUCUCCGAACUGGUGGAUGAACUGGACCUCACGGACAAGAACAGGGAGGCCAUGUUCGCUCUGCCCGAUGAAAAGAAAUGGCAGAUCUACUGCAGCAAGAAGAAGGAACAAGAGGAUCCCAACAAGCUUGCGACCAGCUGGCCUGACUACUACAUCGACCGCAUCAACUCCAUGGCUGCUAUGCAGACCCUGUUUGCCUUUGACGAGGAGGAAAUGGAAAUGAGGAACAAGGUGGUGGAAGAUCUGAAGACAGCCCUUCGGACUCAGCCAAUGAGGUUUGUCACGCGCUUCAUCGAGCUCGAUGGCCUCACCUGCCUGCUCAACUUCCUGCGCAGCAUGGACUACGAGACGUCGGAGAGCCGCGUCCACACCUCGGUCAUCGGCUGCAUCAAGGCCCUGAUGAACAACUCCCAGGGCCGCGCACACGUACUCGCACAUCCUCAGAGCAUCAACACCAUCUCCCAGAGCCUGCGGACGGAGAACAUCAAGACCAAAGUAGCCGUGCUGGAGAUUCUCGGGGCGGUGUGCCUGGUGCCCGACGGACACAAGAAGGUUCUACAGGCCAUGGCGCACUACCAGAAAUACGCUGCGGAGAGGACUCGCUUUCAGACGCUGCUGAAUGAGCUGGACAAGAGUACAGGACGCUACAGAGACGAGGUCAACUUAAAGACUGCCAUCAUGUCCUUCAUCAACGCUGUGCUCAAUGCUGGAGCAGGGGAGGACAACCUUGAGUUCCGACUCCACCUAAGAUACGAGUUCCUGAUGUUGGGCAUCCAGCCGGUCAUCGACAAGCUCAGAGAGCAUGAGAACGCCACUCUGGAUAGGCAUUUGGAUUUCUUUGAGAUGGUGCGGAAUGAAGAUGACUCAGAGUUAGCCAAAAGAUUUGAUACUUCCCACGUUGAUACUAAGAGUGCCGGUGCCAUGUUUGAGCUGAUCAAGAAGAAGCUGAGCCACUCAGAUGCGUACCCCAACCUCCUGUCCAUCCUCCAGCACUGCCUCCAGAUGCCCUAUAAACGUGGUGGUGGCAGCCUGCAGCACUGGCAGCUCUUAGACAGGAUCCUCCAGCAGAUAGUCCUGCAGGACGAGAAGGGCGACCCCGACAUCGCCCCUCUGGAAAACUUCAGUGUUAAGAACAUAAUUCGCAUGUUGGUCAAUGAGAACGAGGUGAAACAGUGGCGAGAACAGGCAGAGAAGUUCAGGAAAGAUCAUUUAGAGCUGCUAGGUAAACUAGAGAAGAAGGAGCGAGAGUGUGAAACCAAGACCCAGGAAAAGGAUGACAUGAUGAAGACAUUGAACAAAAUGAAGGACAAACUCCAGCGUGAGGGAGUGGAGCUGCGCUCUGCCAGGGAGCAAGUCCAUGACCUGUCCUCACGUAUCAAUGACAUAUCUGGGAUUGGUGUGUCUUUUCCGCCUCCUCCUCCUGGCGGCCCCAUGGCUCCACCUCCACCACCUAUGAUGGGUGGCUGUCCACCACCUCCUCCUCCGCUGCCAUUUAGCUGCCCACCUCCUCCCCCACCUCCUCCCCCACCUGGAGCACCGCCUCCUCCACCAGGAGCCCCUCCCAUUUUCGGAGCUCCGCCUCCUCCUAUUCCCUCUUCAUUGAACUCCACCAUGCGCUCCAAGUCCAUCCCUACGCCUUCUCAUCCUCUGAAGUCCUUCAACUGGGCCAAACUAGGAGAGAAUGUGAUCAACGGCACAAUCUGGAAUGACAUCGAUGACCUGAGAGCUUUCAAGAUUCUUGACCUCAAGGACAUCGAGAAGAUGUUUUCCGCCUAUCAAAGACAACAGGAGCUGCUCACUAACCAAUCCUUCAAACAGAAAGAGACGGGCUCUAUGGAUGACAUAUACGUGAGCACGCGGAAGGUCAAGGAGCUGUCAGUCAUCGAUGGCCGACGUGCACAGAAUUGUGUCAUUCUUCUUUCAAAGUUAAAAAUGAGCAAUGAAGAGAUCAAGAGGGCGAUCCUGGAGAUGGACGAGAGGGAAGAGCUGUCCAAAGAUAUGCUGGAGCAGCUGCUGAAGUUUGUCCCAGAGAAGAGUGACAUUGAUCUCUUGGAGGAGCACAAACAUGAGCUGGAGCGCAUGGCAAGGGCAGAUCGCUUCCUCUUUGAAAUGAGCAGAAUUGACCACUACCAGCACAGACUGCAGGCUCUGUUCUUUAAGAAGAAGUUUGCAGAGCGUCUAGGUGAAACCAAGCCUAAGGUUGAAGCAAUCCUGAAUGCAUCCAAGGAGGUGGUGCGGAGCAAGAGGCUGACUCAGAUCCUGGAGGUGGUGCUGGCCUUUGGCAACUUCAUGAACAAGGGCCAGAGAGGAAACGCCUACGGCUUCAAGGUCUCCAGUCUCAACAAGAUCGCUGACACCAAGUCCAGCAUAGACAGGAACAUUACCAUGUUGCACUACUUGAUCAUGAUCAUGGAGAAGAACUACAAUGACACGCUGCACAUCCAGAACGAUCUUGGCAGUGUACCCGAGGCUGCCAAAGUCAAUUUGUCAGAGUUGGAAAAAGAGGUGCACAAUAUCAGAAGUGGACUGAAGGCUCUCGAGGCGGAGCUACUCUACCAGCAGAGCAGGACGAGGGAACGCGGGGACAAGUUUGUGGCUGUGAUCGGAGACUUCAUCACCGUGGCUGGCUUUAGCUUCUCUGAACUGGAGGACCAGCUGAGCGAAGCCAAGGACAAGUUUACCAAAUCUCUGAAGCACUUUGGGGAGGAAGAAGGGAGGAUGCAGCCCGAUGAGUUCUUUGGGAUCUUUGACACCUUCUUACAGUCGUUCAGUGAGGCGCGGCAGGACCUGGAGAACAUGCAGCGCCGUAAAGAUGAGGAGGAGAGGAGGGCACGAAUGGAGGCCAUGCUCAAGGAGCAGAGGGAGCGGGAGCGGCGGGCCAAGAAAAGCGGCGCUUCAGAUGAGGUCGGCGGGGAGUUUGACGACCUGGUGUCGGCACUGCGCUCUGGUGAGGUCUUUGACAAGGACCUGAACAAAUUCAAGCGAAACCGCAAGCGCUCCGUCAACCAGCUGGUGGAGGGCGGGGGCCGCGAACGAGCUGUCACAAAGGUCAAUUACUAGGUUGGGAAAAAGGAAGGACAAAAAAUAAAAAACUAGACACUUAAAUACUGCCGUGGUGUAGAUCUCUUAACACCUUUAGUCCAGGUCCUGGAAUAGCGACCAUUGACAUUGGAGAGGAUGUAAGUAACGGCUGGACUGGACAUGUAGCGUCAUGUAUGGACAGCCAAGCCGUUUUGAAGGAUGCAUCACCCUCCUCUGAUUGGUCUCCAAAAGCUAUUCCUAACUGUUUGUCCUGGGCAUUAUAUUUGGAUCUAAUGGAUGGACAGACAGACCACUGUGACACAUAAUCCCGCCAUCUUUUGACCAUAUCCUCUUAACACUGUGCUCAAGCUUCCUGCUCUCUACCACUCCCUGUUUUUCACUGCUCCUUUUCCCUUUCCUCUGUAAGAUCCUCGGUGAUGGAGCGGCCCUAUCUUUUUACUCACUGGCUCCAAAAAAACAUGGGACUUUGGGAUCAGCCAGUCACAUUGUACAUAGACUUUAGGGCCAGAGAAAGCAUUGGAAAAAGAAGGUGGGAACAGGGAAGUAAGCCAUAGCCUUCACAGUCAUGGUUGAUUCAAGUGUCCCCCGGAAUGAGACGCAUUGCAUCCGCAGAAUGGAUGGGUAUUCAUAACACUUCCUUCACUGAAAAGAGGGGAUUGUAGUCAGCAAAUCCCAGAAUGAUUUGUAGGCAUCUGAAAGAUUUCAUCCCAGCGGCCUCCUCCAGCGCACAGCAUUCCCAGGAAGGAUGUACGUACAUCCCAAGCUGCGAUUUUAAGAGAAUACUGUUUUCAAGGAAAAACUCAAAAGUGAUGACUUUGCCACAAUGGUCAAUCCUCACCUACACUCCUAAAUGGUUUCGACAUUGUUCUGGCAUUAACCCGUGCCAAAGCAAAGAGAAAACAAAUGUACAUGUAUUAAUAGAAAACAUACUGCAAUUAGGCGUUGAUAUAUAUUUAUAUUUAGAUGCAGACAAGCUAAUUGCAAAGAUGUAGAGGUUUUUUUCAUGUUUUCAUGGCAUUUUGGGGUUUUGUACACGCAAUGCAUUAUUUGUCGGUGUUGCAAGUUCACAUUGCUGUUAAAGUGAAUUUCUAUACAUUUUGCGCUUUAUGUAAAAAAAAAGAUAAUUGCUUGUCCUUUUCACACCUGUAUGUCUUGUUUGCACUGUAGCUCUUCUGACCAACUUUACACUCCAUGAGCCGAUCUAUUGGGUCCUCUGGAAAAAAGUCCUCUGUAAUUCAAUUACCUUCCCCUAGAAUAAAGUUAACGAAGGAAUGCCAUGUAUGAAUUUCAAUCAAAAUUUAAGUUAAACUACUGCUUGAUCACUCGGUUAGUACAGAGGCCCAAAAACUGGGAUUGCCAUUUUUGUUUUCUGAUGCGUUAUCGUGAAAUCACAAGUUACAUUUUUCGCCAUAUCGAGAAAAAACAAGCUUUGCUAUCUCCAGAUAAUCAACCCGUUAUCACAAGGAAACAAAAGCUUAUUUUAUUUUAAAAUGUAUGUUUAUGGAAUCAGGAGUACAAUGCAUAUAUAUAUGACAACUUGACAACUAAAGCAUCUGAUUUAAGCUUAAAAGUCAGAUCAUGGAGACCUAUUAUUAAUCAACGCAUCAGAUUGUAGUUCAAUCUAACUGAAAUGGAGUUGUGUCUAACUGACAGACAUAAUAUUCACAUGAACCAUAUUAAUAUAAGGAGAAGAACAAUAAAAAAAUAUGUACUUUUCAGGCUUAUAACGCAAUAUUUUUGUCCAUUUUUAUUUAAGUUUGCAUUGUAAUGUCAGACAAACAGUCUGAUCAGACUGUCAUUGCAAAGUCAGGGUACAAUAAAGCACUUAUAGCACCUCAGAGAGUGUCAUAGAAAACAAUCCUGUCUUUCCUUCCAUCUUCUCUCAGAUUUCCACAUCCUGUUGCCAACCUAGAUCUCUUUUCUUUACGUUUUUACCGUAUUCAUUCUUUAAUAUUUGAAUGCAUUUCUAAAUUGUUAUAUGCAGAAGAGGAUUAUGACCACAAGUGAAUUCAUUUUGAGUUCUGAGAUUACAGUCAGAAUUCUGGAGAAAAAAGUCUGAAUUCUCAGAAGUAAAAAAAUCACAUGUGGCCCUAAUCCUCCUCCGUAGGUAGCGGUAGGCAUGACCAAGGCUGCAAACCAUUUUAGUUAUUCCAUCUGUAUUGCAUGGUACAGCACAGCAUUGGGCGAUGUGAUGUCCAACAGAACAGUAGGAAAAUUGGACUUGGUCUUCUUUGGAGCAGAUAAAAAGAAAAAGGACAAAUCUUGUGUUUAAUUUGUUUGAAUGCAAGUGUCCUUAUUAGGGUAAUAUCCAGGAGCUGUUGUGCCAAACAGCUCCUGGAUCAGUUGGAAAGGGGUUGGAUUUACGUGGUUGUUCUCAUAGUAACAGUUACAGUUAAACCCAAAUAACUCAUGUAUCACUCUAUAUUAGAAACUAUUUUAUUGCACUUGUCUCAAUAAGCACUUUGUGUCUUAACAGUAGUUUUAAAACACACAAAAGAAGACAUUUCCAAUUGAUUAUUGAGCAGUGUUUCUCAACAGACUGUACUAAAGUAGUAAUGGCUAUCCCAGUUUGUCUCUCCAUUCAUUUGGCCAGCUUUUUCUGUUGUGUUUUUAUUUUCACCUUGAAGUGCCUCUCACCUGUUUUCACACAUGUACCAUUCCUACCAUUGUGUUUGUGGCUUUCCAAAAUAAUUUGGGUUUGCUAGCUAAAUGCAGCCUGGACCCUGGACUAAUCGGUGCCAUCUGGUGGCCUCAGAUGUGCACUUUCAUGUUCCACCUGACGUCACAAGCUAAUAACAGCAGCUCUCCAAAGGAUAACAUAAUGUGGCCCUUCAGAAGAGUAUAAGGGCCAGGCAUAAGUCAGGAGGACAUUGUUAUUAUUUUUUUACUUUUUUAAAGUCGAACAUUGUGUUUAUGUGUUUUGAGUUGAGAAGAUUUAUUCUUAAAAGUUUAACCUUCUCUAUAGUUUGACAAUUUUAAAUCUAUUCUCGGUAUUUCGACUCUAUUGUCAACAUAAUUCUUAAAAACAACAUUUAUUAUUUUCCACCUCUUACCUGGCCAUAAUUCUCUUCCGUAGGCAUCUGACCCCAGCUCUAGGCUUAAGCUCACCAAAGUUUCCUAAAUUUAAAUCCGGCAGGUGUACUACACUAUGACUGCCAUGUGAUUAGGGAUGUUCGACCUACUACUUGUACAGAGAAAAUUAUUUUUCCUCUAAACUUUUAUUUAUUCCAUCCUUUAUCAUUGCAGAGAAACCUCAUCCUACCACGUUUAUAGUCCUUUAUUUUUUUUGCAGAGUGAUCCUGCUACAUGAGGGAGAGCAGAGAGGAUCUUUAAGUUCCUAUGUCCCACACUUUAGAGAGUAACCAGUAACCCAAAUAGAAUAACAAUGACAUACGAUUGCUUAUUCUCUAACCAGCAUCUCAUGUUUAUUUGAGCUAUUCGAUUUCUUAACCUCUUCCCCUUUGUCUUUCCGGUAAACCAGAGUUGGUUUAUCAGACUGUGCUAGCCCCUCUAAACUCUUAAUCCAGAGCUUUAACAUGUUUUGAGGUGCAAACUAUUUACUGAGGGGUAUUGUAAUAUUGUCAGUAUUAUUAGGAUUAUGUUGUUACAUGCUUGGAUGUUUAUUCAGCCAUUGACUGGCUGAUUUUGGAGUGUACAGAUGGAAAUCAGAGGAAUGAAAUUAGUAGCUUGUUUAAUGCACUUUUGUCAGGGGACAUUUUAAUUUCCAGUGCCGUUUUGAGGGCUGCGACCACUCUUAAAAAAAGGAGAAGGGUGCAACAAAAGAGUGGUGCAAAAAACAAUUGUGUGAAGAUGAAGAGAAAAGAAGGGCACGCAAGCUUUUGACUCUGCUGAAUUAACAGAGUUUUGAACCCCCACCAGUCUGGGUCACCUGUAUACAGAAAAGUGUUUUUCUGACACCGCCACAUUACUGUCAAAUCAUGCACUUGGCGUCGACCUGCAUGCCUAAAGAAGGGUGCACAAAGUGUGAUGUGUUGACUUUAUUAGAAUAUUGCUUGCAAUAUGAUACGCACCUGUUACACGACAAUUUGUACUGCCUGAGAAAAAUGCACCCAGUUUCAGAUGUUGUAUUAUUGUGAGGAGUCAGUAUUUUUAUGGUUGGAAAGAAAAAGUAUCCUCCACCGAAAGAUGUACAGAGGGGGGAAAAAAGCAUUUUGUACACCAGUCUUGAUGUUUGAAAUAAGGUAAUAAAUCAAAUAAAGACAAAUAAUUAAAACAUUGAGGAAUGUUUCAUUUUCCUGUAAAUUGUACCGCUAUUUAUUUGCCUUAUUUAGUUUGCUAUAUUUUGUAUGUACACACAGCAUUAUGACACAUUGUUAUAUUAAAAAUAUGAAUAAUUAAA